AUGGAGGACCUACAAGUUGUAGAUGAUAAAGUGUACCAGGACUUCCUGCAGAGUGAUGCUACCGAGGAUGAGUUAUUGGCGGACAUGACAAAUUGUGACUUUUACAAAAGGAAGUUUGCAGCCCUGAAACUCCAGUAUGAGGAAAUAUUCAGAAAGGUAACCUAUGAAGUAGAACACAUCGAUGAUGCAAAUUCUGAAUGUUCUCACUUCAGCAUGACAGGUAGGCGUUUUAAAUUACCUUUAAUAGAAUUUAAGAAGUUUGAUGGUGAUAUUCGAAACUGGUUACCAUUCUGGUCACAAUUCAAGAAGAUCCACGGAGCCAGAGAUAUCGAGGCAGUCGAUAAAAUUGAUUAUUUGAUUCGGGCAACUGUACCCUUUAGUAGAGCAAGGCAACUAGUAGAGAGUUAUCCAGCUAUUGCGGAAAAUUAUCAUCAUAUUAUCGAAGCCAUGUUAUCUCGUUUUGGCAGAGAAGAUCUUCAAAUUGAGGUCUACGUCAGAGAAUUGCUUAAGUUGGUUUUGUGUAAUGCUACAUCUAAAUCUAAGCUUGAAUUGGUAAUUUUAUAUGACCAGAUCGAGACACAGAUUCGAGCGUUAGAUACUUUAGGCAUUACAUCAGAUAAGUGUUCUGCGAUGCUUUUUCCUCUCAUUGAGUCAUGCCUCCCUCAAGAUUUAUUGAGAGCAUGGCAACGUUCCCCGCAUAGAUUUGAACCUGAAAAUUCAGGAAGUGCUACAAAUGUCUCAACGGAAUCAGGUCCGGGUAAGUUAGACAUUCGUCUUAAAAACCUCAUGAAGUUUCUGAAAACCGAAGUUGAAAACGAGCAGCGUAUUACAUUGGCUUCAGAGGGUUUCCGUUUAGUCGGUCAAGGUAACUCCAGUGCUAAUUUAUCGAGAACUGUUUCGAACCCUUCGGCUAAGAAAAAUGUGAGUUCACCGGUACCCACCGCCGCAAACUUGGUUAGUUUCAAUUCAAAUUGUGCAUUUUGUGGGGGUUCUAAUCACAUUGGUGAACACUGUUUUAAAGCACAGAAGAUGUCUUUGGAGCAAAAGAAACGUAUUUUGAUCAGUAACAAAAUUUGUUUCAGAUGCCUGAAAGCUGGUCAUACUUCAAAAAGAUGUCGUGGACAUCCUAAGUGUGCUAUCUGUCAAAAAUCUCAUCUGGUAAUAAUGUGCCCUGAUUUGCCUAGUAACAAGGAGUCUCUUGAUACUCUUGAUCAUAGUAAGAAACCAGAGGUGAAUCCUAACAUUGACAAAUUUCUAGCCACCUACAAUUCACGAAUCAAUGUAUUUCUGCAAACUUUGAGAGUGAACAUAUUUGGUGCUAAUGGUUCAAAGAACGUGAGGGCUCUGAUCGAUAGUGGUUCUCAAUGA